AUGUCUGACAACCGGUUUGUCCAGUUUAAGUUGGUUCUCCUCGGUGAAAGUGCCGUGGGAAAAUCCUCUAUAGUACAUCGUUUUGUUAAAAAUACCUUUGAUGACAUGAGAGAGUCUACUAUUGGUGCUGCCUUUCUCACCCAAUCUAUCACAUUGCCAGAAUUAAAAACUACCGUCAAGUUUGAAAUCUGGGAUACAGCUGGUCAGGAACGCUACAAGAGCUUGGCUCCUAUGUACUACAGAAACGCCAACGCUGCUUUGUGUGUGUACGAUAUCACGAGCAAGGCCUCCUUUACGAAAGCACAAGAUUGGAUCAAAGAAUUAAAGAAAAGAGCCCCUGAGGGCAUCGUUCUUGCAUUAGUCGGCAACAAGGCUGAUUUACUGGAUGAAAGAGAAGUAGACGAAACAGAAGUCAGCCAAUACCUAGAGCAGCUCAAUCAAGAAUCCGCUGCAGCUGGCGAGGUCCCCAAUAAGGUGGUCCACAAGGAAUGUUCUGCCAAGUCUGGCGAAGGCGUUCUUGAAAUAUUUGACCAGAUCGCUCGUGCAUUGCCACUUGAGGAAGCGAACGAUAGAGCAGCUCCACAGCCUGGAAAGAGAGUGGAGCUUGGAAGGCAUCAAACACAACGACAACAACAGCAGGGCUGUUGCUAA